GAUCUCGUCUUCGCCAGGAAGACUUUCCUCCACGAAUAGUAGAGCAUCCAUCUGAUGUUAUUGUUUCUAAAGGAGAACCUACAACUUUGAACUGCAAGGCUGAAGGAAGACCAACUCCCAUUAUUGAGUGGUACAAAGAUGGAGAGCGUGUGGAGACUGACAAAGAUGACCCCCGUUCACAUCGCAUGCUGCUUCCUAGUGGAUCUUUAUUUUUCCUAAGAAUUGUACAUGGACGCAGGAGUAAACCAGAUGAAGGAAGUUAUGUUUGUGUUGCCAGGAACUAUCUGGGGGAAGCUGUGAGUCGUAAUGCGUCUCUGGAAGUAGCAUUAUUACGAGAUGAUUUCCGUCAAAAUCCUACAGAUGUUGUUGUGGCAGCAGGUGAACCAGCUAUCUUAGAGUGCCAACCUCCUCGAGGACAUCCUGAACCCACUAUCUACUGGAAAAAAGACAAACUCCGAAUAGAUGAUAGAGAAGAGAGAAUAAGUAUACGAAGUGGAAAGCUCAUGAUUUCAAAUACAAGAAAAAGUGAUGCUGGAAUGUAUACAUGUGUCGGCACAAAUAUGGUGGGAGAACGGGAUAGUGAUCCUGCAGAACUUACUGUUUUUGAACGGCCCACAUUUCUCAGAAGACCAAUCAACCAAGUGGUUUUGGAAGAAGAUGUUGUUGAGUUUAGAUGCCAGGUACAAGGCGAUCCUCAGCCAUCAGUUCGCUGGAAGAAAGAUGACAUUGAUUUGCCAAGAGGAAGCAGAUAUGAUAUCAAAGAUGAUUAUACCUUGCGUAUUAAAAAGGCUAUGAGCUCAGAUGAAGGAACAUACACAUGCAUAGCUGAAAACAGAGUUGGAAAAGUUGAGACAUCUGCAACUCUUACAGUUCGAGCUCGUCCUGUUGCACCUCCACAGUUUGUGGUAAGGCCACGUGAUCAGAUUGUUGCGCAGGGAAGAACAGUAACAUUCCCAUGUGAAACUAAAGGAAAUCCUCAGCCAGCAGUAUUUUGGCAAAAAGAAGGCAGCCAGAAUCUUCUAUUUCCGAAUCAGCCUCUCCAGCCUAAUGCCAGGUAUUCUGUGUCACCAACUGGGGAUCUUACUAUCACAAAUAUUCAGCGGGCUGAUGCAGGCUAUUACAUCUGUCAAGCACUCACAGUUGCUGGAAGUAUCUUAGCAAAAGCUCAGUUGGAAGUUACAGAUGUUUUAACAGAUAGGCCUCCACCCAUCAUUCUCCAGGGACCUGUAAACCAGACAUUGUCAGUAGAUGGAACAGCUUUACUGAAGUGCAAAGCUACUGGUGACCCAAUGCCUGUUAUCAGCUGGCUAAAAGAAGGAUUUACUUUUCUUGGCAGAGAUCCAAGGACAUUUAUGCAAGAUCAAGGAACUUUGCAAAUUAAACCUUUACGGAUAUCUGACAUGGGCACAUACACUUGUGUUGCCACAAGUUCAAGUGGGGAAACAUCUUGGAGUGCUGUGUUGGAUGUUACAGAAUUUGGGGGAGCAGCAGUUAGCAAAAAUUAUGAUUUAAAUGAUCUUCCUGGACCACCAUCCAAGCCUCAGGUCACUGAUGUCACUAAGAACAGUGUCACCUUGUCUUGGCAGCCAGGCACACCUGGGAACUUACCAACAAGUGCAUAUAUCAUUGAAGCUUUUAGCCAGUUGGUGAGCAAUAGUUGGCAAACAGUGGCUAAUCAUGUUAGAACAAUUCCUUACACUGUGAGAGGACUCCGUCCAAAUACCAUAUACCUGUUUAUGGUGAGAGCUAUCAAUUCACAAGGAUUGAGUGAUCCCAGCACCAUGUCAGAUCCUGUCCGAACACAAGAUAUUAGUCCACCAGCACAAGGAGUGGAUCACAGACAAGUCCAAAAAGAGCUCGGUGAUGUAAUUGUGCGACUACAUAAUCCUGUUGUGCUUACCCCUACAACAAUUCAAGUGACCUGGACGGUUGAUCGCCAGUCACAGUUCAUUCAGGGUUAUAGAGUUAUGUAUCGACAGACAUCAGGACUGACUUCCCCUUCUGCAUGGCAGACUGUGGAAGUCAAUGUCCCCACAGAACGGAGUGCUAUCCUUAUCAAUUUGAAAAAGGGGGUUACAUAUGAUAUCAAAGUUCGUCCAUAUUUCAAUGAAUUUCAAGGGAUGGACAGUGAAUCAAAAUCUGUACGUACUACUGAAGAAGCCCCUAGUGCCCCUCCACAAUCUGUUACAGUUCUGACUGUUGGAAACCACAAUAGUACCAGUAUCAGUAUUUCCUGGGAUCCACCUCCUCCAGAUCACCAAAAUGGAAUCAUUCAAGAAUAUAAGAUAUGGUGCUUGGGUAAUGAAACAAAAUUUCAUAUCAACAAGACUGUUGAUGCAGCUAUCCGGUCCGUAAUUAUUGGAGGCCUAUAUCCUGGAAUUCAGUACAGAGUGGAAGUUGCAGCAAGUACUAGUGCUGGCACUGGAGUUAAAAGUGAACCACAACCUAUAAUAAUCGGAGGGCGUAAUGAAGUCAUCAUCACUGAAAACAACAAUAGCAUAACAGAACAAAUUACGGAUGUUGUCAAGCAACCUGCCUUUAUUGCUGGAAUUGGUGGUGCUUGCUGGGUUAUACUUAUGGGUUUCAGUAUCUGGCUCUAUUGGCGCAGAAAGAAGAGAAAAGGCCUUAGCAAUUAUGCAGUACAGUCCUUCACCUUCACCCCUGCAGUCACUUUUCAAAGAGGAGAUGGAGGACUUAUGAGCAAUGGAAGUCGGCCAGGCUUGUUAAAUGCAAGUGAUCCAAGUUAUCCUUGGCUUGCGGAUUCUUGGCCUGCUACCAGCCUUCCUGUUAACAACAGUACCAAUGGACCAAGUGAUCUUGGGAAUUUUGGUCGUGGAGAUGUGUUACCUCCAAUGCCAGGGGAUAAAACUGCCACAAUGCUUUCUGAUGGAGCCAUUUAUAGCAGCAUUGACUUCAGUACCAAAACUAGUUACAAUAGUUCCAGCCAAAUAACACAAGCUACUCCGUAUGCCACAACACAAAUACUGCAUUCCAACAGCAUCCAUGAAUUGGCAGUUGAUUUACCAGAUCCUCAGUGGAAAAGUUCAAUUCAGCAGAAAAGUGACUUAAUGGGAUUUGGUUACUCUCUUCCAGAUCAGGGCAAAGGCAACAAUGCUUUGCUUUACAUCCCUGACUACCGAUUGGCUGAGGGAUUGUCUAAUAGAAUGCCACACAACCAGUCACAAGAUUUCAGCACCACCAGCUCUCACAACAGUUCAGAAAGGAGUGACAGCCUCUCAGGUGGGAAAGGAGGAAAGAAAAAGAAAAACAAAAAUACUCCCAAGACUCAGAAAAAUAAUGGGUCUACCUGGGCCAGUGUUCCUCUCCCACCUCCUCCAAUACAUCCACUUCCAGGAACAGAGUUAGAACACUAUGGGAUGGAUCCACAAGAACAAGGGUACAACAGUGAUGAUUGGUGCCCACCUUUACCAGUCCAGACUUAUUUGCAUCAGGGAAUGGAGGAUGAACUUGAAGAAGAUGACAGAGUUCCUACACCUCCUGUCCGAGGAGUGGCUUCUUCCCCUGCAAUUUCUUUUGGACAACAGUCUACUGCAACAUUAACUCCUUCUCCCAGAGAAGAAAUGCAACCUAUGCUUCAAGCCCAUCUUGAUGAGCUGACCAGGGCAUAUCAGUUUGAUAUAGCAAAGCAAGCAUGGCACAAUCAAAUCAAUAUUCAGCCACCCCAGACCCCAGCUCCCCCAUUAGGAUAUGUCUCUGGAACAUUAAUAUCAGAUUUUGAAGCAGACAUUCCAGAGGAUGAAGAUGAGGAUGAUAUUGAAGAAGAGGCUGUAGAAAUCACAAGGCCAUUACGAGACCUAGAGCAUACUUCAGGCUGCAGCAUGGACAAUCUUGACAGCUCUUUGACAGGCAAACCACAUUCCGCUUCUCAGAAACUUCACCCAACCAGCCCAUUUUCUACUGAUAGCAAUACUAGCAUAAUCCAGAAUCAGAGUCAAAGGCCUAGGCCUAACCCUACCAAAAAACAGCCAUCCUUGCCUCAUCGUAGAGAAGGCAUGGCAGAUGAUCUUCCACCACCACCAGACCCACCUCCUGGUCAGGGAAUAAGGCAACAGAUAGGUACUGGCCAACGUGGGGGUUCAACAGAAAGAAAAGGAAGCUCUUUAGAGCGACAGCAUACAACCAACAUAGAUGAAACAAAGAGUUCUUUGGAUCGGCAAGCUAGAACUUCACUAGAGUGGCAACGGCAAACCCAGGAUUGGCUAACCUCCACAGAACUUCAAGGCCAGCAAAAGCAAGCCUUUGGAUCAGAAGAGACAUUGGUGCCAUAUAGCAAGCCUAGCUUCCCAUCCCCAGGUGGUCACAGCUCUUCAGGUACAGCAUCUUCUAAAGGAUCAACUGGACCCAAAAAAGUAGAUGUCAUGAAAGGAGGUCAUCAGCGCAACAUGAGCGACCUCAUUGAUGUAGGAUAUAUUGGAUUAAACAGUCAAGGACAGUUUUCUGAUGAAUUAUAGUAGUUGAAAAGAAACGUCUCCAGCUGCUUUCAAGGCCAUCAAGUUUCAACUCAUGGAAGUGAUGACACUAAACAGUGCAAUGAACAUUUUCUUUAUUUAUGUACUUACUAUUAAAGGAACUGUAAAUGCAAUGUAAAGAAACACAGCCACACAUAUCCCGCAGAUACUCAAUCAUGUUCUUCUUUUACACCUUUCACUUUUAACUCUUUCUUAUUAAGCAUAUAUACCAGGAAAAAAAUCAUCCUGCAGGAUGAAAUAAAUUUCCCUUGUACAUAAUUUCUUUUUAUUGCAUUGCUAUGCAAACUCACCUUCAUUUAGCUAUGUUUAUAUUAUUGUCUGUCCUUCUUGGUCUGUUGUACUAUAUGUGAAUUAAUAGGCUGUGGUGCCAUAUAAUAACUUUUAAUUGUGUAACAUUUUAUGUUUGAAGUUUGCACUGCAAUUUUUGUUGGUGAUAAGCACAAAACGUUUAUGCCUCGUGUCAUGAAGAAGAAGAAGAAGAUUGAAUGUGAAAGGAGUCUAUGUACUGUAAGCUAUGUUGGAUAAUGCUGGAUGUAAUGAACUAUGUUAGGUGGUUUGCCAUUUGGGUGUAGAAUUAGGAAGAUGACUGGCAAAACUGAUGUUAGCAAGCGUUGAUUGGGACAUCAGGAAUGGAAUACCAUCUGAAAUAGCAAGCAAUGUUGCUUUUAUCAUUAAAAGAAAAAGGUCAAAUGAUGGAAGUAUCAGUUUCAAGAUCAGAUUAGAACAUGAAAGCCUCCUAUCUUCUUAGUAUCAGUUUUUCAUUUAUUCAGUACAGUCGCACUCACUACAAAGGAAAGAAGUUAAGAUGUUUCACUAAAGCUGUUUUAUACUACUUUUUAUUUUAGAAAAGAGUAUUAUAAUUGAUUUGCUCUUCCAUCUGGUUAGAGAUCCAGUAUGAACCAUAUGAAGGUAGAGAAAUACUUAGCAAGACUUAAAAGAUGCAAUUAUCUUUGAGAUAUCCAAGCUGCUUCCAAAAAUCUACAGUAUUCAUCUUUUCAAUACGUGCAGUAAAGAUGAAGAUGUAGAGCUAUGUCACUUGAAAUCCAUGAUCUAAUUUUUCUUAUGCAACUAACACAUAGUUUUACUGUAUUAUUAUCUGAAACUGUAAGACAUUUAAACCCAAUUCAUUUGUAUUUAAAUCUUGGGUUACAGUAAUUGAAAAGAAAGAUAUGGCAUAUUCAUGCUCAGUUUUAAAUCAAGGUGUUUCUUUUUACCAAUUCACUACAUUACAGGAAACUGGUUUCAACAAAGAAAAGAAGACAUCUUUGACCUAUUUUUGAUGACUAAAUUUCAAGCCUCUUCUUACAAAAACAAUGCAUGUUUAUACACUUUUUAAAUAAACCAAACUUGCUGUAAGUGGACAUUAACAAAAGCAUCCUGUCAUCAUUAAUUUUCAUGACUUUCUCCAGCUACUUGCCAGUUUUUCACAUCUUUGUUAGAAAUAUUAUACAUGUAUUCCAAUGCAUUAAAUAUUUUAUUUGAAGUUUACAUCAAAAAGCUUACCUUAUUCAUUCAUAUCACUAUUACAAACAUUCAUAUAUGCAGUUAGUUCCUAUUGUUUAUACUUUGCCUUGAUUAUUAUAUUAUUGUUAAACAAAACACUUCUUGAUUAGAAAUAUGCAUUCUUUUUCAUUACAUUACUUGAAGAAUAUGAUAAACUAAAAUGUUUUUAGUAUAAAUGGUAAAUCAAUAUUGCAAUUAUUAUUUCUUUUUAUUUUAAUUUAGUUCAAAAUAUUGGCAAACCAUAAACAAAGAAAGAUGCAUUGAUUCAGAAGGCAUGGAAAUAUGUAAAAUGCUCAAUAAUUGAAAUAUUGGCCAGACAUAGAACAUUCAUAAAUGUAAAAAAAAAAACAUUUUUCUAUCCUGAAUUCUGUAUAUUAAAAUUGAAUAUAUAUAUGCUAGUAUAAGUAGAAUGGAUACAAAAAAAUCUUCAUAUAGUUUCAUAUAGUGAUACAAAAAGCUGCUUUGAAGAAGAAAAUAACUCAUUCUACUUAUAGCCUACCAAAAAUCAUGAUACAGCUAUGUCUGGUUUGGAGCAAUUUUUAUGUACCUGUAGGCAGGGACUUUUCAAUUAAAGACUUCACAGCACCAAUCAUUUAAAAGUGACAAAGGAUAUUGAAUUCGUAUCAUACAUCACCUUAAUUCUUACACAUUCCUUUCUUACUGUGAAAUACUGGACUUGUGGUGUACUGGUGUACUAAUAGCUAGGAUAUGGGACACAAGUCCAUUGCACAAAAACAUGUAGCUACCAAAAGUCUUUUACAAGAUUUGACAUAACCCAUGUAUUCAAAUGUCAAGUAGUCUUUGCCAAUAUUAUCUGUGAACCCCUAUAAUGUUAGUACUUAGGCACCAAAUCUCAUGAGUUUUCUUGUGAGAAAGUCACAUUGCCAACAAGGUUUUUUCCCCUUAACCUCAACUUGAGAGAUUUCUAUGACUUAAACAGGCUUCAAGUUACAAUCAGAAUGUAUUUGCCUUGAUUCUUGUCGCAACAUGCAGUUUUAUAACUGAAAACUUGUGUAACUUUUUUUAAUUCACAGAGUGACUGCAACUAACAUCUAGGAAAAAGUAGGUAUGUAUUGAAAUUACAGGAAAAUCCAAUUUGUAGAAAUUCAGUAUGCACAUUGGUGCAUAACUGUUUACAAGACAAUUUUUGUAUUUUGGACAGUUCUGGCACUAUACAUUUGAAAUCCUAUUCCAAAAGAAAAUAUAAAUCAGAAUUUAAAUAAAUGUCCAACAUUCACACUUAAAUUAUCAUGGAUUGGAUUUAAAUUUCAUUUACAUAUUACAGUAGAAUUGUAGCCAUUUCAAUAGUUAGAUCCAUGGUAUUAACACUAGUAUUUAUCCUUUCUGUCCUAUUUGAAGUUAAUAAUUCCAUGGCUAUUAUCAUGCAUUUUCAUUCCAAUCUUAUUAUGUAGCAUGCUAACAGUACUGAAUAUGCUCAAAUAUAUUCCUCUUGCUAAAUUGAGUAAGCUACAAAAGUGGCUUCAAGCAUACAUUUCCAAGUACUGUUAAAAAAGCAGACUUAAUGGCUUAUCCUAUGUGCAAUAUGUAAAUGAUAGAGCCUUCAGAAAUCUAUUCAAGAUAAUGUGAUAUAUCACAAGUUUUCAAGAUGCAACAUAAAUUUAAAGGAAUAUAACAGUAUUUGAUAUUGUUAUAUUUGAUAGCUGACUGUUUAUACCUUGAGUUUUAUAUAGUAUGAUCAUCUUAAGUAUUUUAAUUGGUUUUUAAAAACGUGUUGAGCUUUGGUGGAACACCUUAUUGGCCAAUUUUUCUUCACAAUACAAUGAACAAAAGUAGCCAUCCCACACUCUUAGUUAAAUGUCUUGAUUUUUUUUUAGUUCCAAUUUUGUAUCAAUAAAAAACAAUCAGUUAAAAAUAUGUAGUGCUAUAAUAUCAGUCUAUCUUCACUAUUAUAGAAUUUUAUUUACAUCAUUCUUAGGAUGCUUUAAAAAAAAUUAAUGUUUAACAGAUGAUAUUAUUUUAUAUCUUCUUUCUCUCCCUAUUUCUCAUUAUGUAGUGAACUUCAAAUAAUCACAGAACCUAUUUUUUAAAAUGUGUGAUUUGCCUUUUUUCUUUUUUAUAAUUGAAGGAAACUUUUUUAUAAUUGAAAAUAUUUCUUAUUCAUAAUGUGUCUAAAGAAAAGGAAUGUGGUGGCAGCUCUAUAAACUGUUUUCUAAUUUUUUUAUAUAAAAUGAUUCAGUUACAACAGUUUUUUCAGUCACAUACACACAAA